CAAACAGAAACAGACGUGGACCCUUAUCAGACGCUCCUUUUUAAGCGGUACGCACGGCAGGGAGGCCCAGUAGCUCGUAGCACGAGCAGUCCCUAAGACCUCCAGCGGUUACCACCCACCACACACACCGACAUGAGAGUGCUUCUGGCCCUGGCGGUGCUGGCCGCCGUGGCGCUGGCCGUGUCCGAGGCCGCGCCGCGCCCCGAGUGGCUGGAGCAGCACCUGCAGGAGCUCAAGGAGAGACGGCCCGACCUGGCCGACAAGAUUGACCGCAAGCUGGAGGAGCUGAAGCGGGAGUUCGAGAGGGAGCUGGAGGCCCGUCGGGGCCACCACGGCGGUCGUCACGAGCAUGGCCACCACCACGACGACCACCACGGCCACCACGACCACGGACACCACGACCACGGCCACCAUCACCGGCCCACUCACCGGCCCCGCCGCACCACCACCGCCUCGCCGCUCACGACGGAGGCCGACGACUCCGGGUCUUCCUCCGAGGAGUCCGGCUCAGGGUCCAACGAGAGCAACGAGAGCACGGAGGCACCCGCCACCGCCACCCCCGCGCCGGCCAGCGAGAGCCCCGCCCCGUCUGCCGCCCCAACUGAGGCUCCAGAAACCCCCGCACCGUCUGCGGCACCAGAAACCCCCGCACCGUCUGCGGCACCAGAAACCCCCGCCCCGUCUGAAGCCCCAGAAACCCCCGCCCCGUCUGAAGCCCCAGAAACCCCCGCACCGUCCGAAGCUCCUGAAACCCCCGCACCGUCUGCGGCUCCAGAAACCGCCGCCCCAUCCGAAGCCCCAGAAACCCCUGCACCUACUGAAGCCCCAGAAACCCCCGCCCCGUCGGCCGCUCCAGAGACCGCCGCCCCAUCUGACGCUCCAGAAACCCCCGCCCCGUCUGCAGACCCUGAGACGCCCGCCGCGUCCGCGGCCCCAGACGCCCCCGCACCAGCCCAGCCACGCGUGUUGAGCCGAAACAUCAGCCCGGUGGAGUACCGCCUCCCCAUUGGCAUGUUCUGGUAGAAGGGUGUAGCAACCUCGAGCUUGCUGGCGAAGCUCGAAAAUAACUGUAACUGUACAUUACGUCAUAAUAAAAUUAUUUUUUUGCAUCCUGA